GGCGAUCAGCCUGGAUGCGUCUCCCAGCUCUGGAUUUAUGGCACGCAGCUGUUGAGCGCCUGACAGACGAGUGAGGAGCUCGAGCGCUGCUGCCUCUCAAGCUGCUGGGAGCAGCUCAGGAUCUGCUGCUUUGGAAAAAGGAUUGCCGUGCCUCAACACGCAACCCAGAUGGUUCGGGAGCAGUAUGUCAGCACCACCCAGGGCGUCAGCGCCCCCCGGCCCGUGCCCGACCACAUCUACAAGAUCGGCAUCUACGGCUGGAGGAAACGCUGCCUCUACCUGUUUGUGUUGCUCCUCAUCGUCAUCCUGGUGGUCAACUUUGCCCUCACCAUAUGGAUCCUCCGGGUGAUGUGGUUCAACGCGGAAGGGAUGGGACUCCUCCAAGUACACCCCGAUGGAGUAAAGCUGGAAGAAGGCGAGUCUGAGUUUCUUUUCCCGGUCUAUGCUCAGGAGAUUCACUCCAGAGAAGACACUCCCCUAGUUGUGCAUUCAUCAGAAAAUGUUUCCCUUAAUGCCCGCCAUGAGAAUGGGAACGUUACGGGGAGGACAUCUGUGGGUCCCAAAGAGGCUCAGGGACACACUCACAACAUGCUCUUAAACUCCCCCAACAACAACAUGCUGUUCAGCGCAGAUGGCGAGCAGACUUUGAUUGGUCCGGACAAACUCCGAGUCACAGGUCCUGAAGGAGCUCUGUUCCAGCAUUCUGUGGAGGUGCCGCUGCUGAAGUCAGAACUUUUGAAAGACCUGAAGCUGGAAUGCCCGACCCGCUCUGUGACAAUGGACGCACCAAAGGGAGUUCAUCUCAAAGCUCUGGCUGGAAACAUAGAAGCUGCUUCCAACAUGGACGUCAUCCUGCAGUCGACUUCAGGGCUGCUGGUGCUGGAUGCAGAGACGGUGCGCAUGCCAAGCCUGCCGCUGAGCAAAGGAGGCGUUUCUGGAAAUACUCAGGAUCUGUUUGAGGUCUGUGUCUGUCACAGUGGAAAGCUCUUUCUGUCCAAAGCUGGACGAACGUCCACCUGCAGCGAAAAUCAGGACUGCUAGGUGGACUCUGACAGUCAUCGAUUUUCUUUCUCUCUCAAGAAGCAUCUUUUGGGAGGCAACAAGCACAACUGUUUAUAUGGGGCUCAAGUUUUCUUCCUUUUCUUUUUUUAAUGCUCAGACCCAAGUGGGUCUGCAAUUUUCCCACUUACACAUUAAGCUGUGUAAAAAUUAAAAAAUGCAUCCUGCCACGCCCCGAAACACAGCCUCUUGCAGUUGAAGAAAUGUGGGUCUAUUGAACUAUUGAAGUGAUGCAAAUUUGCGUUCCAGCUUAAAAAUAUGUGCAUCACAGAUUUAUGAGAAUGUUUUUACACAUGCAGUAUUAUGGCUGGGCAAUGAGGAGCUGGUAACAGCUUACAUCCUAUGCAAUAUUAUCUUGUGGUGCAAUAAAUUAAGUUAAUGCAUAUCAAGGCCUUGGAAAUUUUAGUUAAUGAUGCCUUCAUCCAAUACUCCAAGCCCUUGGUAUGUGAAGUUUUUUUUUUUUAGAAUUUAGUGUUACUUUAUUUAACUACAGGGGGGAUUGGAAAUGGUGGUUUGGAAUUUUGAGUUUGCUAUAGACAGUUUAGAGACUAGAGGGUUUUCUUUCCCUUCUUUUAAGUGAAUUCUAAGUACAGUUAUGUGAAGUGACUCUAUCGUUGUUGCUCAUUUUAAAUAAGAAGAACCACAUGAUAAGUUCAUCAACACAUAUAAUGGAUCUUUCUCAUGGUAUGUUUUGCCCAUCUUAUUUUAGAGCUCCUUAUAUAACCAAGGAAACCACAAGAAAGUCACAAACAGGCCUGUUUGUUAAAUUGUCUAAUAUAAAGUCAAAGGAAGCUGGUAGAGACAGUGGAAACAUUAAGUUUUACCACAGCGACUUGGAGGUAGAAACAAAACAAGAGUAACAAACCUUAGUCAGGGAUAUUUGAAUGAAUAAAGGAGGAAAUGAUUGUUUAUAACUGAGUCAGUGCUGUGCAUCAGAUGUGUGUUCUUUUCACACAUUGUGCAGACCAGGAGCUCAACAUUUGCCUUCACUGUAUGGAUGGAUUUUUUUUAAGGGUAAAUGUUUUUGUAACGACGGUUUUUGUGAGUGAAGGAUUGGUGUAUUUUACAUGCCUGUUUUUAUUGCAGUUUUUUGUAUUGAUUGUGCUGUGUUGGCAUUGUAAUAUGAAAAUAAGGGAGAAUAAAGGUGAUAAGCAGUUCUCACCUCAGGUCUGUCAUAUUUUAACAAAUGUAAUGUUUAUUCAUUUUAUAUGUGAAAUAAAUGUUGGUUUGCUUUUA